CUUCUUGUCUGUGUGUGCUGAGGCACAUUCCGCUCAUGGUCUUCUUUCGGGGAACUGGGACCAUCCAACGCAGACUCCCAUGUGGCAUGUCCACCUCCUACUUGCUGUAAAGUAAUAGCUGAAAACAUCCGUCUCACAAAGAACGACAAAAACACAGAUGUUGCAGCAUUCCUUCGGCUACCAGUUUGUGAGGGACGAUCACUAAAGGAGGCGGUCUCUAUGAACUCUGAGGAAACUGGUGCAAGGAGCCAUAAACUGCACCACAACAUGAUCCUGGGACUAUGGGCCGAAACGUCUUGCUGUAUCUGAAAUGAAAGGAGAAAAGGGAGACCUCAGAGGGAGAAUGCUCAGUUUCAGACUUGCCUACAUUUUCUCAUAUAACCUGUUCCAGUUCUGCGGACACACAUGGAUCCUGGCUAAUACAAUAGCCAGGUUUCUCACAUUUGGUGAAGAUGCCUUAGCAGACACAUUUUACUCUGUUGGCCUUGUGAUGAGUCUGUGCCAGCUGCUCUCCAUCCUGGAGCUUUUUCAUAUCGCAGAUGGGAUUGAGAAAGCCAGACUCCUCCCUCGCUUCAUCCAAGUUAUGGAGAAGAACUUCCUGCUGAUCAUGGUCAUCAUGCUGGAGAUAGAGCGUAAACCAGUGGUGUGUGCCCAGCUCUUCCUGUGGAAUAUUCUGGACCUCCUACGGUACCCUCAUGAGCUGCUGUGUUUAAUGGGCAGACCCUCCAUCCCCAUGGUGUGGACCCGCUACACACUCUGCAUCCCCUUGUAUAUCCUGUCAGUGGCCACUGAAGGUGUCACCAUAUACCAGGCCCUGCCUUACAUGGAGCCAACAGCACCAAACUGUUCCUCUUCGAAUUCUACAGCGUCGACCCCCACCCGCCUCCCCUUGGUCCUGAUGGUGUACCUGCCCGUCCUGGCUCUUGGGGCCUCAGUGACCGUCUGGCAACUGCUGGAAGAGAGACACCACCACCUUGAGAAAUGGAACAACAAGUUAAAACGGAAAUGACACCUUAGACUCAAUGUUUAAAGGUCUCUCAGAUGAUGUGCUUCUAUUGGCUCCAUCAGACCUCCAGUACCUACAACUCUGACACCAGGCUUCUCCAUCAGAAAACACUGGAUUGAGCAGCUGCUCUCUGCUUCUAGAGGGAUUAUACAUCUCAUCUGUCGUGUGACUGUUAAGGGUUUAAGUUAACUACUGCACAUGUGUGCACGCUGGUCGCUCUGGAGGAAAGGAAUGGAUGUAGCCGCUUCAG